AUGGAAACACGAACGGCACUCGAGACUCUGAUUACUACAUCAGGACAACACUACUGUGACAACUGUCGUUCUCCAACCAUACAGGCUACAUCAGGACAAUACUACUGUGACAACUGUCGUUCUCCAACCAUACAGACUUCAUCAGGACAAUACUACAGUGACAACUAUCCUUCUUCAACCAUACAGACUACAUCAGGACAAUACUACUAUGACAACUACCCUUCUUCAACCACACAGACUACAUCAGGAAAAUACUACUGUGACAACUAUCCUUCUUCAACCAUACAGACUACAUCAGGACAAUACUUCUGUGACAACUAUCCUCCUUCAACCAUACAGACUACAUCAGGACAAUACUACUGUGACAACUAUCCUUCUUCAACCACACAGACUACAUCAGGACAACACUACUGUGACAACUGUCGUUCUCCAACCAUACAGGCUACAUCAGGACAAUACUACUGUGACAACUGUCGUUCUCCAACCAUACAGACGUCAUCAGGACAAUACUACAGUGACAACUAUCCUUCUUCAACCAUACAGACUACAUCAGGACAAUACUACUAUGACAACUACCCUUCUUCAACCACACAGACUACAUCAGGAAAAUACUACUGUGACAACUAUCCUUCUUCAACCAUACAGACUACAUCAGGACAAUACUUCUGUGACAACUAUCCUCCUUCAACCAUACAGACUACAUCAGGACAAUACUACUGUGACAACUAUCCUUCUUCAACCAUACAGACUACAUCAGGACAAUACUACUGUGACAACUAUCCUUCUUCAACCAUACAGACUACAUCAGGACAAUACUACUGUGACAACUGUCGUUCUCCAACUAUACAGACAACAUCAGGACAAUACUACUGUGACAACUAUCCUUCAACCAUACAGACUAAAUCAGGACAAUACUACUGUGACAACUGUCGUUCUCCAACUAUACAGACAACAUCAGGACAAUACUACUGUGACAACUAUCCUUCUUCAACCAUACAGACUACAUCAGGACAAUACUACUGUGACAACAGUCCUUCUUCAACCAUACAGACUACAUCAGGACAAUACUACUGUGACAACUGUCCUUCUUCAACCAUACAGACUACAUCAGGACAAUACUACUGUGACAACUAUCCUUCUUCAACCAUACAGACUACAUCAGGACAAUACUACUGUGACAACUGUCCUUCUUCAACCAUACAGACUACAUCAGGAAAAUACUACUGUGACAACUGUCGUUUCUACAACUAUACAGACAACAUCAGGACAAUACUACUUUGA